UUUUCCGGACACUGAAAGAGCAGAAUGGCUAAAUAAGACUGUAAAACACAUGUGGCCUUUUAUUUGCCAAUUUAUAGAGAAGCUGUUUCGAGAAACCAUAGAACCAGCUGUUCGGGGAGCAAAUGCUCACCUCAGUACCUUCAGCUUUACAAAGGUGGACAUGGGUUAUCAGCCCCUUAGGGUCAAUGGUGUUAAGGUAUAUACUGAAAAUGUAGACAAAAGACAAAUUAUUCUGGACCUUCAAAUUAGUUUUGUAGGAAAUUGUGAGAUUGAUUUGGAGAUCAAACGAUACUUUUGUAGAGCUGGUGUGAAAAGUAUACAGGUCCAUGGGACGAUGCGUGUGAUCCUGGAGCCGCUCAUCGGAGACAUGCCCUUGGUGGGAGCUUUGUCCAUCUUCUUCCUUAGAAAACCCCUUUUAGAGAUUAACUGGACAGGACUGACUAAUCUUCUGGACAUCCCUGGAUUGAAUGGUUUAUCCGACACUAUCAUUCUGGAUAUAAUAUCGAACUACCUGGUGCUUCCCAAUAGAAUCACUGUUCCUCUUGUCAGUGAAGUGCAGAUAGCUCAGUUGCGGUUUCCUAUACCAAAGGGUGUUCUAAGGAUACAUUUUAUUGAAGCUCAGGAUCUUCAAGGGAAAGAUACUUACCUUAAGGGUCUCGUCAAAGGAAAGUCAGACCCCUAUGGGAUCCUCCGAGUGGGAAACCAGAUCUUCCAGAGCAAGGUCAUCAAGGAGAACCUGAGUCCCAAAUGGAACGAGGUAUAUGAGGCUUUAGUCUAUGAACACCCUGGACAAGAAUUGGAGAUUGAACUCUUUGAUGAAGACCCGGACAAAGAUGACUUCUUAGGAAGUCUCAUGAUUGAUCUCAUUGAAGUGGAGAAGGAGCGCCUUUUAGACGAAUGGUUCUCACUGGACGAAGUUCCCAAAGGAAAGCUGCACUUAAAGCUGGAGUGGCUUGCACUAUUACCGGAUGCAUCGAACCUCGACAAGGUGCUGGCAGAUAUCAGAGCUGACAAAAACCAAGCCAAUGAUGGUCUUUCUUCUGCACUGCUGAUUUUGUAUUUGGAUUCAGCAAGGAACCUUCCGAGUAACCCAUUAGACUUUAACCCCGGUGUCUUGAAGAAGUCUGCAGUUCAGAGAGCUUUAAAGUCAGGGAAGAAAAUAAACAGCAACCCAAAUCCUCUUGUCCACAUGUCAGUUGGUCACAAGGCUCAGGAAAGUAAGAUUCGGUAUAAAACCAAUGAACCUGUGUGGGAGGAAAACUUUACUUUCUUUGUUCACAAUCCCAAGCGCCAGGACCUUGAAGUUGAGGUCAAGGAUGAGCAGCAUCAGUGCUCCUUGGGGAGCCUGAGGGUCCCCCUUAGUGAGUUGCUCACCAGUGAUGACAUGACAAUAAACCAGCGGUUUCAGCUGAGCAACUCUGGACCAAACAGCACCUUAAAAAUGAAGAUUGCUCUUAGGGUACUUCAUCUGGAAAAGCAAGAGAGGCCUCCGGACUACCAACAUUCAGCUCAAGUGAAACGACCUUCUGUUUCCAAAGAAGGAAGGAAAAUGCCUGUCAAAUCUCAAGUAUCUGCCUCUGGUAGCAGCACUGGUGGUAGCAGUGUGGCUCCACCCACACCAGUGCUGGGGAGCCACGAGGAGCCUAGAGUGGAGGAAGAGGCCCACCCCCCGGACGCCACCCCUCCCAGGCAGGGAGACCUGGGCAGGAGCUCCUCCAGCCUCCUGGCCUCCCCCAGCCACGUCUCUGCCAAGGAGCCCACACCCAGCAUCGCGUCAGACAUCUCCCUGCCCAUCGCCACCCAGGAGCUGCGUCAAAGGCUACGGCAGCUCGAGAAUGGGACAACCUUGGGCCAGUCCCCGCUGGGGCAGAUCCAGUUGACAAUCCGGCACAGUUCCCAAAGGAAUAAGCUCAUCGUGGUGGUGCAUGCCUGCAGAAAUCUUAUUGCCUUCUCUGAGGAUGGCUCCGAUCCCUAUGUCCGCAUGUAUUUAUUACCAGACAAGAGGAGAUCGGGAAGGAGGAAAACACAUGUGUCAAAGAAGACAUUAAACCCUAUAUUUGAUCAAAGCUUUGAUUUCAGUGUUUCACUCCCUGAGGUACAGAGGAGAACGCUGGACGUAGCGGUGAAGAACAGUGGUGGUUUCUUGUCCAAAGACAAAGGGCUUCUUGGCAAAGUGUUGGUCGCUCUGGCAUCUGAAGAGCUUGCCAAGGGCUGGACACAGUGGUAUGACCUCACAGAAGAUGGGAUGAGGCCACAGGUGGUGACGUAGUCACGCUGGACGUGAGGCGUCUGUCCCAGCGUGUCUCCCUCCUCGACUUUGAACACACCUUCUUACAGAUGUACCAAGGCUAUUUUUUAUAAUCUCAUGUACUGAAUUAUUCAUACCGUAAUAAUUUUAUAAAACUGUUGGCAUUUUAGGCAGGGUUGGCAGAUAUUAUCAUCAGACUUCUAUGUUGAGUUUCCUCUAGUGCUUCACUGGGUACUGUUACGUUCAGUACUGGGUGUCAGGUUAGGAGCAGACCAGAGCUUGCUUUAUUACUGCCUUGUUCUGCAUCACUGAAGGGCACUAGGUCAUGUAAAUAGACUGCAUUUUUAUAAUCUACAUACUAGCUUGGAUUCAGAAGAAAAUGGAUCAAGGAAAUACUUUCUUUAAAAGCUUGUUAAGUUCUUGUGACAAAUAAUCAUUCUCAUCUGUGCAGCAAAAAGUUCUCAGUGACCUGUUUUGCAUAUAUUUAAAAGGGAAAAUAGAAAGAUAAUUAUCUUAA